CCCCAAUUUUGUGAGGUUGGAGACGGUCCCAGGUCCUCUGUACCAAGGUUUACGCGCUGGCGAGCUGGUUGGAGGGUCCCUGACUGGAAGGUGCCAACCGCAGGGGGUCGAACUCGUACCUGCCCCACCCUAGCUGCGGCCGCUCGGGGAGGAAGCUUGCAGAGGCCGAGUGCAAAAGUUUCCUUUUCUGCUUUCACGUCAGAGCAGCUUCAGCUAACCGAGGGUGGGGAUGCAUGACUUCAGUCGGAAGAAAACCCGGGAGCCCAAGGGGUUAAAAUAAGCAACUUCGGGGGGGAAAAAAACGACAUUUAAAAAAACAAAAAACACCUCUCCCCACUGCUAGUCAUGGGCAGCCGCGAUCACCUGUUCAAGGUGCUGGUGGUGGGGGACGCCGCGGUGGGCAAGACGUCACUGGUCCAGCGUUACUCCCAGGACAGCUUCAGCAAGCACUACAAGUCCACCGUGGGAGUGGACUUUGCUCUGAAGGUUCUCCAGUGGUCUGACUCAGAGAUGGUGCGGCUUCAGCUGUGGGAUAUUGCAGGGCAGGAGAGGUUCACCUCUAUGACCCGACUAUACUAUCGAGAUGCGUCUGCCUGUGUUAUUAUGUUUGAUGUCACCAAUGCCACUACUUUCAGUAACAGCCAAAGAUGGAAACAGGAUCUGGACAGCAAGCUUACGCUGCCCAGUGGAGAUCCAGUGCCCUGCCUGCUCUUGGCCAACAAGAGUGAUCUGUCCCCUUGGGCAGUGAGUCGGGACCAGAUUGACCGGUUCAGUAAAGAGAAUGGUUUCACAGGUUGGACAGAAACAUCAGUCAAGGAGAAUAGAAAUAUUAAUGAGGCCAUGAGAGUCCUCGUUGAAAAGAUGAUGAACAAUUCCAGAGAAGAUAUAAUGUCUUUGUCCACCCAAGGAAACUACAUCAAUCUCCAAGCCAAGUCCUCCUCUGGCUGGACAUGCUGCUAGCUCUGUUUCCCUAGUCUUUCCUAGUCUUUCCACCUCUUGCUGUUGGUUGCCCACCAAACAUAAAAACCCUGUUAAGAACAUUCGAACUGCUUCUUGACAGCUGUCCAAAAAGGAGGCCCACUGGGACUUGGGAAAGUCUGCCUGGGACCCAUGUGCAUUUCCAUUGCUCUCGGAUGUCGUCUCUGACUUACUGUUGCCCAUGUAGCCCAGUCAGAGCCUCCUAUGUGACAGCGAUCACCUCAUCUCCCCCCCAACUGUGGCAUGAGUUUAUGGGAAGGAUUAAAAAUUAGCACCUGUG